CAUCCAUGGUGUCCAUAUGUCUUGCAAAGCUGAAUGGUGAACUUGGUAGUGGAUCAUCAGACAAGAAUUGCUCAAAAAAUUGUAUGGAUUUGCAUCUCACAAGGGUUUCUCCUUGGUUGCUCUCCUGAUCUACACUUAACUAAUUUACUCCAACAACCACAUUCCAUCGUGGCUUAGAUCUACCCCUCCUUGACUCAAGUUCCAACUUCACUUGAGAAGACGAUAUAGAUUAUAGACUGUAUUGCUGAUGGAUGGUUCAGGAGAUCCAGUUCACUCUGAUUCUUCACACUGGAUACUUGAGAGCAUUGCGAUUGCUGAAGGUAUGGAGCAGACGGCGGACAUUAAUAUUAACAACAUUCAAGUGUCCCCAGAACCAAAAUCCUCCAAAAAAAUGAGCUUCAAGAUAAGCAAAAGCAUUGUGAAAAAUGCCAAUGGAGCUCUGGAUAAGGCCCCACGAUUGGGUAGAGCAUACUCAGGUGCUUCAAGGGGGCUUCAGAGCUUACGGUUUCUCAAUAGGACUACCACAGGUAAGGAAGGUGAUGCAUGGAAGGCGGUUGAGAGGCGGUUCAAUCAGCUAGCAACCGGUGAGAAGCUCUCAAGGGAUAAUUUUGGACGCUGCAUUGGCAUGGGUGAUUCAAAGGAGUUUGCUGUUGAGAUAUUUGAUGCCUUAGCAAGGCGCAAGAACAUAGAUUCCAAGAAUGGUAUAACCAAGGAACAACUAAGGGUGUUUUGGGAGGACAUGUCAGAUCGGAAUUUUGAUUCCCGGCUUCAGAUAUUCUUUGACAUGUGUGACAAGAAUGGUGAUGGGAAACUGUCAGAGGAUGAGGUCAAGGAGGUGAUUCUGUUAAGUGCCUCUGCAAAUAAGCUAACAAAUCUCAAGGGACAUGCCCCAACCUAUGCUGCUCUAAUCAUGGAGGAGCUUGACCCUGACCAUCUUGGAUAUAUAGAGAUUUGGCAAUUAGAAACUCUACUCCGAGGGAUGUUGAAUUCCAACGAAAAUGAGCAUUUUGACAAGAGAAGCCAGAAUCUCUCCAAGACAAUGAUCCCAAAACGAUAUCGAACGCCUGUUAGCAGAUGUUUAAGCAGGGUGUCUGAAUUUAUCCACGACAACUGGAAGAGAAUAUGCCCCAUUGUGAUAUGGUUGAUCAUAAAUUUGACUCUUUUCUCUUGGAAGUUCUACCAAUACAAGUACAAAUCAGCUUUCCAAGUCAUGGGCUACUGUGUCUGCUUUGCCAAGGGUGCUGCGGAGACACUCAAGUUCAAUAUGGCUCUCAUUCUCCUUCCUGUCUGUAGAAACACACUUACUAAGCUUAGAUCAACAUUUCUUGGUAACUUCAUUCCAUUUGAUGACAAUAUCAAUUUUCACAAGGUGAUUGCAGUUGGAAUUGUCACUGGAACUUUGAUUCAUGGAUCUAUGCACAUAGCUUGUGAUAUUCCAAGAUUAGUCUCAUGCCCAAAUGCACAGUUCAUGAAGGAUCUUGGAUCUAAUUUCAAUUACAAGCAGCCCUCCUAUGGUGAUAUCAUGGCUAGCAUUCCAGGUACCACUGGGAUUUCUAUGGUCCUGAUAAUGGCAUUCUCAUUCACACUGGCAACCCAUUCAUUUAGAAGGAAUGUUGUGAAGUUGCCCUGGCCAUUCCACCAUUUGGCAGGGUUUAAUGCUUUUUGGUAUGCACAUCACUUGCUUGUCAUCGUCUACGCCCUCUUGAUAAUUCAUGGUUACUUCCUUUUCCUGACCAAGGAGUGGUACCUGAAGACGACAUGGAUGUAUAUCAGUGUUCCGAUGCUACUCUAUGCUAGUGAGAGAAUGAUCACGUCAUUUGAAAGCAGUGAUCACGUCAAUAUUAUUAAGGCCAUUAUAUAUACAGGGAAUGUCCUUGCACUGUACAUGAGCAAACCACCAGGAUUUAAGUACAUGAGUGGGAUGUAUAUUUUCAUAAAGUGUCCAGACCUAUCACCGUUUGAAUGGCACCCCUUCUCCAUCACUUCCGCACCAGGAGAUGACUACUUGAGCGUUCACAUCCGAACCUUGGGAGACUGGACGACAGCACUCAGAAAACGAUUUGAACAGGCCUGUGAAGAACCGAAUACUCAACAAAGGAGUGGUGGUCUAACUAGAAUGGAAACUACUCUACAAAGGAGGGGUGGUCUAACUAGAAUGGAAACAAAAGCAGUGUCAGAUUUUGAUUAUUCGGAGGACAGAUUCCCUAAAAUCCUUGUCAAAGGACCUUUUGGAGCUCCAGCUCAGAGUUACAAGAAGUAUGACAUUCUCUUGCUCAUUGGUUUGGGUAUUGGAGCAACUCCAUUUAUUAGCAUUCUCAAGGAUCUCCUGAACCAUAUCAAGAUGAAUGAAUAUAACCUAGUAAAUCCAAACUUACAAGGCAAGGAAAAGGGUCCAGGAAGGGCAUACUUCUAUUGGGUUACAAGGGAACAAAGCUCCUUUGAAUGGUUCAAAGGAGUCAUGGAUGAUGUUGCAGAGUUUGAUCACAAUCAUAUCAUUGAAAUGCACAACUACUUGACUAGCGUAUAUGAAGAAGGUGAUGCACGAUCUGCACUUAUUGCCAUGGUGCAGUCAUUGCAACAUGCCAAGAAUGGAGUUGAUAUUGUCUCAGACAGUCGGAUAAGGACGCAUUUCGCUAGACCAAACUGGAGAAAGGUGUUCACUGAUAUGGCUAGUACACACAAAUGUUCUCGGAUAGGAGUUUUCUACUGUGGGGCUCCCACCGUCAGCAAACAACUGAAGAAUCUUUGCCAAGAAUUCAGCCACGCAUCCACUACCCGCUUCCAUUUCCACAAGGAAAACUUCUAGGAUAAAAUUGUAAACAAAAGAAGUUCCAUC